AUGCUGUGCAAGCGCUCCGUGGUCUUCGUCCUUGCCUCGUCUUCUUUGGUGGCGCUGGCUUCCUCACAACCCUGCACGAUCGCCGAUGCCAGAGACAUACCGAAUGUUCAAAGGUGCUCGGUGAUCACGAUAAAGGCCUUCAUCAUGCCAGCAGGGCGGACCCUGAUGCUUGACGUUCAGGCGGGCACGAAGAUCAAUCAAGGUGAGUUGUGAGGUGCUAGUCGCUCGAGCCCUCGCACCGAAAAACAAUAAGAAAGGGGUAGGCUUUACUAAUCCGGUAUACCUGCCACAACGUGGAUUGCAACUCACAGUAGGGGACAUCACAUUUGCAUACGGGGGGCCCUGGAAGGGUCCCUUGAUGAGCAGUGAGUGAAGUGCCAACUGUCAUUAACCGGGCGGUGUCCCGCAUGGCUGCCAACGCAGCGAAGCUCCCGAGUUACUCCGAGCUCACCUUUCUGACGCACUGUUAUCUCAACUCUGGCAGUCUAUGGUGACCAGAUUACAUACAACGGUAACAACCACAAACUCGAAUGCCAGGGCGAACGGUAUUGGUGAGUGUUCAUUGGCGCCAUGUCGUACUGCACCUGGCUGAUUGCUGACCUAAUUGUGAAAUUGGCUUGGCUUGCACGGUUUUUAGGGACAGCAAGGGGGCCGUGAGUACGAAAUUCAUACUGCUUCCGAUAUCUAUCAGCGUGCUUAUUGUUUCUGGGUAUGCGUCUCACCUUUGAUAGUUAGGGAGUAAGUCACGACCCUGCGCUUGGGAGGCCGCCAGCUUAGGGGUGGUAAAGGCUCGCCUUGUGCUGACCCCGUCUCGACACUCGCUUUUACAUGGUCACAGCAGCAAAACCUGGUCCAGCUUUGUCGCUUCUAAUCACAGGCUCCGUUUCGAAUCUGGUUAUCCACAACACUCCUCUGAAUGCGGUCGUUGUCGAGGCCCCCGGAAAGACCUUGCUGUCCAAUAUUUUCGUCAACAACACUGACGGUGCUCGCAUGGGCCACAAGUUAGUUUCUGCUGCUGCUCCAUUAUGCCAACUUGGCUUUCACUGACGAACUACGACUUGUAAAACAGUACGGAUGGCUUCAACGUUGUCCAAAACACAUACGACCUCACCAUUUCGGGGUGCAGGGUGAUCAAUCAGGAUGUGAGUCAACAGUUGACGAAGCCAGGCUAGUCAGCAGUACAGUUGCUGAGACAGCCCGGCGACUCCGCUAUUUCAGGACUGUAUCUCAAUCACUUCCGGCACGAGAAUCACCAUCACCCAGAACAAGUGUUCUGGCGGACACGGCAUCUCGAUCGGCUCGAUCAGGUCGUAAGCGCGCUUUGCAAGCCUUCUUUUUGUCCUAGACCUUCUUGUUCUGCUCAGCUGACACGCAGCAUCUACCAUGCGUGGCGAUGAUUUUUAGGAAUGAGCACGUCAGUAACGUUUUGAUCGCGGGAAAUGCGGUCGAGAACUCCGCGCAAGGGUACCGCAUCAAGACGCUUUCCGGAGCCACUAGGGGUUCGGUCUCUGACAUCACCUACAGUGGCAAUACGGUGAGCAUCCGCCUGCAACGACCGAGGGGGCAUGGGCGGCAGCUGAUAAGGCUUGGUUACAUCUCUUAGGGAACGGGACUGACCAAUUACGGCGUAGUUAUCGAACAAGGUGGGGUUUCUCAAGUGGUUUCGCAUUGCGUCGGUCGCUUUGGGCGGCGUCGCUGAUGAGGUUUUCGGCGCCUGGCCUUUUCAUAUCAGACUACACCGAAAGUGGCCCCAAGGGCCCUUCAGGUGCCACCAACGGUGUCCUGAUCUCCAACGUCAAGUUCAUUGGCCGAACAACCACUCUUUCGGUCAUGGGUAACAAAGCCCAGAAAGUUUACGUUCUGUGCGGUGAUAAAUCGUGCUUUGGCAAAUGGGACUGGAGUGGGCUGAAAUUCACUGGCAAUGCACCCUUGGGUUCGAUUACACGUGCACCCAUCACGGUGGGUGGCUUCACCGAGUUCUCUUCAUGA